AUCAAUGUACUGAGCUAGCCCAUCAAUCAAGGGAAGAUAUAUAUAAGAAGAGCAAACAUGGCCAUCACCAGCAGCUCCUCCGGCCAGUGCAACUCCUGUCCAUGGCGCUUCGCCACGGUAACUCUCCUACUAGCACUAGCCGCCGGCAGCCUCCUCCCGGUACCGGCGUUGGCGCGAGGGUCCUCCGAGGAGCAGGACCACCAGCAGCGUGAGGACGACCUGAUCCGGGGCCUGCCGGGGCUGCCGCCCAACGACGACGUGCCGUUCGACAUGUACGGUGGCUACAUCACCGUCGACGAGCAGGCUGGCCGCGCGCUCUACUACUGGUUCCAAGAGGCCGACCGCACCGAGGUCGAGGACCCCGACGCCGCGCCGCUCCUCCUCUGGCUCAACGGCGGGCCUGGGUGCUCCUCCAUCGGCGGCGGCGCGCUCGAGGAGCUCGGCGCCUUCCGCGUCCACACGGACGGCGAGAGGCUGUUGCGCAACGAGUUCGCAUGGAACAGAGCGGCGAACGUGCUGUUCUUGGAGUCGCCGGCCGGCGUGGGGUUCUCUUACAGCAACACCAGCUCCGAUCUUGUCGUCGGCGACAACAGAACGGCGCAUGAUGCGUACAAGUUCCUGGUGAAAUGGUUCGAGAGGUUCCCAAAGUACAAGUACCGUGAUUUCUACAUUGCUGGAGAGAGCUAUGGAGGCCACUAUGUUCCUCAGCUCUCGCAGCUUGUGUACAGGAACAAUAUCGGCGUAGAGAACCCUUCCAUCAACUUCAAAGGUUUCAUGGUGGGAAACGGUCUAACCAACGAUCGCACUGACAUGAUCGGCAUGUUCGAGUUCUGGUGGCACCACGGCCUCAUCUCCGACGAGACCCUGGAGAGCGGCCUCAAGAUUUGCCCGGGGAGCUCCUUCAUCCACAUCGAGCCGGAGUGCCAGAAGAUCUGGGACAAGGCCGUCGAGGAGCAAGGCAACAUCGACGGCUACAGCAUCUACACGCCGCCGUGCGACAAGGGAACCCCGUACGCGCGCAGACGACUGAGGAGGAGCCGCCGCCCAUUGAUGCUGCCAGCAUACGAUCCGUGCACCGCCUUCUACUCGACCAAGUACCUGAACCUCCCCGAAGUUCAGACGGCCAUGCAUGCCAACGUCAGCGGUAUCAUAGACUACCCAUGGGUUUUAUGCAGCGAUCCUCUGUAUUACAACUGGACAGACACACCUGCUUCCAUGCUACCCAUCUACAAGGAGCUCAUUGGAGCUGGCCUCAAGGUCUGGGUCUUCAGUGGUGACACAGACACUGCAGUGCCGCUGAGUGGGACCAGGCGCUCUCUUGCUGCCCUAGGCCUUCCUGUAAAAACUAGCUGGUACCCCUGGUACAUAGUCUCAACCGAGGUUGGUGGCUGGAGUAUGGAGUAUGAAGGCCUGACCUACGUAACCGUCCGUGGCGCCGGCCAUGAGGUUCCCCUGCACCGUCCGGAGCAGGCGUUCUUCUUGUUUAAGCAAUUCUUGAAGGGCCAACCCAUGCCGGCUGAGGCAAAAGAUGCCAGCCUCAUACUCCUUCCCAGUGAGAAGUAAUUAGGAUCCCCUCUGACUAAGCAAGGGGGCAGCACAGGUUGCGGAGGCUCGCGCAGUCAUGCUUGACGACAACGAUAUCCACUACUAUAUAUCGCUGAAUAAUGCUGCAUUAUGCUGUUGAUAUGUACAUGUACGUGGAGAAUAAAUAAAGCUGGGAGCCUGAAAUGCUAUGAAUAAUGUACAAGGCUUGGCGAUGGCCGAUGGAUGGAUUCUUUCUUAGGAAAGCCAUUUAUAUAUACUCUUUUUGAAA